CUAAUUCCCUACUCAUCCUUACUACGUCAUCCAUGACCACCACCGUUCCCACCCACAGGCAAUGUUCCUCGCGAGCCUUCUAGCCGCUGUCCUCACCCUCUGCAGUCGAACAAACAGCCAGACCGCAAACCCAUGCUUCUCUCCCUGCGCAGCCGACGCCACAUCCUCGUACUGCAGCGACUCCGCCACCGCGCUCGACUACAUGACAACCUGCGUACGCUCAGCGUGCAGCUCUCUCGGCUUCGUCUUCGUCGAGCAAAGCGCCGCUAAGACAGCAUACUUCGCGGCGUGUUCCGCAAAUGCGGGGGCCGCAGAGACAUCGCAAGGACCCACUGCGGCUGCAAUAACUAGUGCGGUGCUGAUAAGCACGUCUGAGGGCAGCAGCGCUGCGAAAACUAGUGUCGGUGCGGAGUUGACUUGGGGGCUUUCGUCGGGAGGAGGGUCAGAUGUUGUGUCUACGGAUGGCGCGGAGUCUUCGAAUUUGCAAAGUUCGUCGGGAACGUCAGUGGGAGCAUCGCUUCUGGAUUCCACGCAGUCUGCAUUUACCCGCAGUUCCACUUCCAUCGACGACGACGUCACGCAGCCAACCCCAAACAGUAGCAGCGGACGUGACACCGACACCGAGUCGAAGAAGUCUGACGACAUCGCCCUGGGCGUUGGGAUAGGCAUCGGUAUUCCGACAGUGCUACUAGGUGGCGCUGCCGUGUAUUAUGCUCGGCUUUAGGGCCGGAGGAGGAGGUAGCUCUAAGGGCUCGACGUAGGUGGGCUCAGGGUUUAAGAAGACUUUUAACUGCGUGGUGCGUCGGUACGUUACCGCCACCAACCCAUGUAUCCAUCGUAAGCAGAGUGCCGGUUCCCUUCCAGCUGGGAUACCGCAGACUCGAAACUCGGAGCUAAUAGUUAACCGCUCUAGUGUUCUUUAACCGCUCUGGUGUUCUUUAACCGCUCUGGUGUUCUUUG